AUGACCAUUACAAUCUGCACCCUCACAACCGCUCUCCACUUCCCCGCCUCCCCUUCCGCUGUAACACUCGCGUUCUCUUCCCCAUUCCGUUCCGCAGCCUUUUCUUCCGCCGAUGGAACUUCCGCCUCCUCUUCCGCCUCCCCUUCCGCCUCCUCUUCCCCCUCCCCUUCUGCCUCCACGUGGCCGCGUGCAUUCCCGGUGAUGUCUCCUUCAGUCGUCCCCAUCCCGUGUCCCUCCGAUGCCGCUGCGGCACGAUGCAGCGCAAUCGACGGAGAGUCGUUUCCUGCGGUUCCCUCAGUUCCCCGCGGGGUCGUUACUAGCGAUACCGCGGCAGCUGACGUGUCGCUUGCUGAUUGGUUGAACGAAGUGGCGGCGUCGAAGGUGCAAACUGCACCAAGGGUGGUGGUGCAGAAGCAGCAGCAGCAGCUGAUGCGGCAAUGGUUCCGCAAUGCUCUUCAUGGGCUCGUUUCGCCCGGAUUCCCUCAAGUCAACCGAGCCAGCCAAGUCAACCAAGUCAACACGUUCAAACUCUACGGCAUGGGCUACUCGCCCUUCGUCCGCCGCGUCCUGCUCACGCUGCACGAACUCGGCAUUGAGGACUACGAGUGGGAGCAGGUGGACGCCCCCAAGGGCGAGGCGCGCACGCCCGCGUACCUCGCGAAGCAGCCAUUCGGAAAGGUGCCGCUGCUGGAAGACGACGGCGAGUGCAUCUGGGAGUCUCGAGCCAUCAUGCGCUAUCUCGCCGACAAGUACGGCGCGGAACGCGGAGUGAACCUGCUGGGAAAAGACGCGUUGGAGCGCGGCCGCGUGAACCAGUGGAUCGAGACGGAGGUCAACGCGUACACUCCCGAGGCCGUCACGAUCGCGUCCGAGCGAGUCUUUAAGAAGUUUCGUAAGCUCGGCGAGCCUGACGAGGAAAAGGUCGCCGCGGCGACGAAAAAGCUGGAGAAGAUCCUGGAUGUUUACGAGAAGCAUCUCGAAGGGCGCGAGUAUCUGGUGGGCGACUCGUUCACUCUCGCAGACCUGACACAUCUGCUGGUAACAGAGCACCUCAAGAUGGCGGGAGUGGGAGAUUUGUUUGAUUCCCGCCCAAAUGUGAAGGCCUGGCUCAGCCGCCUAUACUCCCGGCCUUCUUGGGGGAAGGUGAAUGAGGUCGCGCCACUCCCAACAAUUUGA